AUGCAACCAUAAUCAAAUAAGGAAGAUGAGCACAGUUAAGUUGAGGAUCACAUCUUGAGGAAAUUCGAGCUUCUUGAACUCAAAGGAAAAGGAGCAUACGGAGUUGUUUGGAAGGCAGUUGAUCGUAAAACAAAAUAGGUUGUUGCAUUGAAAAAAAUCUUUGAUGCAUUUCACAAUCCGACUGAUUCACAAAGGACAUUUCGCGAAGUUAUUUUCUUAGAGUAAUUGACAAACCAUGAAAACAUCAUCAAAUUAAACUCUGUUAUAAAAGCAGAAAAUAAUAAAGAUCUAUAUAUGGUCUUUGAAUUUAUGGAAACAGAUCUUCAUAAAGUGAUAAGAGCAAGCAUUUUGGAGCCCAUCCAUAAAAAAUAUAUAAUAUACCAAAUACUCAAAGGUCUCAAAUACCUGCAUUCUGGUCAACUCAUACAUCGAGACUUGAAACCCUCCAACUUGUUAAUCAAUUCAGAAUGUAAGGUCAAAGUUGCUGACUUCGGUCUGGCAAGGAGUGUGGCUAAACCUGAUAACAAUAGCCAUCCAAUACUUACUGAAUAUGUUGCUACUCGAUGGUAUAGGGCUCCAGAAAUUUUGCUGGGUUCCUAACAUUAUUCUAAAGCAGUUGACAUGUGGAGUCUUGGUUGUAUCUUGGGGGAAAUGAUAAUAGGGAAGGCUGUAUUCCCUGGAACUUCAACAACAAACUAAAUAGAGAGAAUCAUUGAAUUGAUUGGUAAACCAAAGCAGGAUGAAUUGGAUGCUAUUCAAGCAUCUCAAGCUGAGGAAGUAAUUUAAAAUAUUGCGAAUUAAAAAAGGAAGAGUAUUAAAUAACUAUUUGCUUCAGGCUCAGACGACGCCAUAGAUUUUAUAAGAAAAACACUGCUUUAUAAUCCAUAUAAAAGAAUGACAGUUGAAUAGGCAUUGAAUCAUCCAUAUGUGAAAGAUUUCAAAGGAACUGAAGAUGAAAUUUCAAGAGAUAGUCCUAUUGAAACCUUUAUGGAUGAUAAUCAUAAAUAUUCGGUUAAGGAGUAUAGAGACAACCUGUACGCUCACAUUAAUCAAAAGAAGAAGUUGGAACAUAGAAUUAAUCUUCGUGAAUUUUAAAAUGCUCCAGUCAAUAUAAGUUCUGAGAAAUCUAAAUCACCCACUAAGAAGAAGGAAUCCACCAUCAAAAAAAGUUAGGAGUCAGAUCCAUCUAAAACUGACAUUAGUGACAACAAACAGACUGAACCCCAACAAGUUAAUAAACCAUAUCAUCAAAAAACUCCAUCCAAUCAACAUUAAGUACGAAAAAAUACAGCCUCUCAAGAACACAUCUAUCAAAAUUAACCUUAAACUUAAUUCAACUAUCAAAGUCCUAGCAUGAUGAUGCAGAAAAAACAAUCUUAAUCCAUCUUCCCAAAUGUUGAUAAUGGUAGUCCCUUAAAAUAAAUCCCCAGGAAAUCGUCAAUGCAAAACAUUUAAAAUAGUGUCUCGACAGUUUUAUAAAAUACAACCUAAUAAAACUUAUAAAGUCAAAGUGCUUUGUAGGUCUCUCAACAUCAACUCUCAAGAAAAGGUUCAUAAGGUAACAUUUAGAAGACAUCCUCAACCAAAAUGUCAGCAACUAAUUAUAACUCAAUAUUUUAACAAUUAAGUAAAAUCAGAAAGUGA